UAGGAGUGUAAAAUCACACCAUUGGUUGGGAAACGAAAACUCGCGAAAUUGAAAUUUAAUUUUUUUAGGUUAUAUUAUCUGUUAUGAAUUCAAAAUGUUUAAGUAAUUCCGCUAAAGGGUGUAUUUAUAAACCAAAAUGGUUUUAAAGAAAGCUAGCAAAUAUUUUACAAAACUUAGUGUAGCAAAAAGAAGAUUUUCCCAAGUAUCUAAUAAACAAAAAUGGAAGAGUGUAGUAGGUUUGGAAGUACAUGCCCAAAUUAAUUCAGCUAGUAAACUAUUCUCUGGAGCUUCUACAAAAUUUUCGUCGCCUGUAAAUUCAAAUGUAUCUCUAUUUGAUUGUUCCACACCAGGAACUUUGCCAGUCUUAAACAAGAGAUGUGUGGAGGCUGGAGUACUUACAGCAUUAAGUUUAAAUUGUAAAGUCAAUCCGAUUUCAUAUUUUGAUAGGAAGCAUUAUUUUUAUGCUGAUUUACCUACUGGUUAUCAAAUAACUCAACAGAGAGCACCUCUAGCAGUAGGAGGUCAUUUAGAAUUUCAAGUAUUUACUCCAGGUGUUCAUAAAGUUCCAUAUACUACCAAUGUUAAAAUAAAACAAUUACAAUUAGAACAAGACAGUGGUAAGAGUCUUCAUGAUGAACAAAGAAGUUUUGUUGAUUUGAAUAGAGCUGGUGUACCUCUUAUGGAACUCGUAUUUGAUCCAGAUCUUAAAGAUGGGGAAGAGGCUGCUGCUUUGGUCAAAGAACUGAUUUCAAUUUUACAGAGAAUACAGACAUGCUCCUGUAAAAUGGAAGAAGGAGCAUUGAGAGUUGAUGCCAAUGUUUCGAUACACAAAGAAUCUGAACCAUUGGGAACAAGAACAGAGAUAAAAAAUAUUGGAUCAGUGAGAGGAGUAGCUGGAGCAAUCAGUUAUGAAAUACAAAGACAAAUAAAGCUGAAAGAAUCUGGUCAAACUAUUGCUAAUGAAACGAGAGCUUGGGAUGCUUCUACAAAGACUACAGUGGCAAUGAGAGACAAAGAAGUACAGCAGGAUUAUAGGUACAUGCCUGAACCAAAUUUAACUCCACUUCAUAUUGCAAUGGGUCCGGUAGAAAUCGGUUGUGUAAAUGCUGACCAAAUAAAGAAAACUAUACCAGAACUGCCAGAAGAGACAAGACAAAGGUUGAGAAGAGAUAAUGGUCUGACUUUGGAACAAUCAAUUAUAUUAGUAAAUGACAGUGCUUUAUUAAAUGUAUUCGAAGAAAUAGUGUCUAAGAAUAUUAACACAAAAAUGGUAGCAACGUUCUUAAUAAAUGAUGUAAAUACAUUAUUAAAUAAAAAAGAUAUGGAGUCUGAGGAUAUCAAAAAUCCUAGCCACAUUGGAGAAGUUUUGGAAUUAUUAGAAAAAGAAGAUAUCAAUAGAUCUACAGCGAGAGAUUUGUUGGAAGAUAUCUUAUCUGGAAAUAAUAAAAGCCCAGUUCAGAUUGUACAAAAAAGGAACCUAUUACAAAUCAGCGAUGAAACUAAAUUGAAAAAAAUAUGUCAAGAAGUAAUGGAGGAAAAUACCAAAGCUGUCUUAGAUUACAAAUCUGGAAAGACAAAAGCUUUAAAAGCUUUAUUGGGUGCUAUUGUAGCCAAGAGUAAAAAUAAGGCAAACAUGAAAAAGUGUACUGCAAUAUUACAUUCUUUAUUAAGAGAUAAGCUAUAGUGUAUUGGUGUUUUAUUAAAUUUGUUGGAAAAUA